AUGUCCGAAAGUGAUAGCAGCACACAUUAUCUAUCAGGUGUAAAGGCCUACAUAAUACCCACAAAGUUACGACCUUAUGCCAUUGAAUCGAUGAAAAAACAGCUCGAAAAGCAUGGUGGUGAAGCAUGUCCAUCACAGAAAGAUGCAAGCGUUAUCCUUACUUCUUUGACUGCAGCUCCACGCAUCAAGCGACAUGUUGAGAACCACCAGGUUCCGGUUGUCAGCACCCAAUGGCUGAAAGAUUGUGGAAAACAACGCGAGCAUAUCGCAAUGGACAAGUAUACAAUCGAGAUGCCACGUUCAAAUAAUCAACAACAAGGAGAGCAACCCAAAGCGACUGAUACAGCAGCCAAAGACGUGGAUGAAAAUACGCCAGACAUAUCACAUGAGAUACUAAACCGCCGAUAUGCCAACAUGCCACCUGAUCCUCUACCUGGUUACGAUGAAGAGGAUGACCCAGAUCUCAAUGAAAGGAGCACGGGUGGUGGAGAUGACGAUGAUUCCCUAGCCCCAGAUUACUUAAACUCAAAGUACGAGUGUCUACGGCCUACACCCCUCAAGCCAUACCACAAUCGCAAGUUGGUUGCACUGUUGCGUCUUCUUGAAAGGCAGCGUGAAGUGAAUAUGGAGGAAAGAAAUGCGCUGAGUUAUAGACAUGCCAUUGCAGCCAUCAAGGCUUAUCCUCGAAAGCUACGUUCAGGGAAAGAGGCACAUAAGAUCACCGGGAUUGGUGAAAAGAUAUCGACACUGGUGCAGCUCUACAUUGAUACAGGGACUAUUCCCGAUGCUGAAAAAUUGCUGAGCGACGAGAAAUUCAGGACAUUGUCUCUGUUUGUGAAAGUCUUUGGCGUUGGUACUAAGACUGCAAAUAUGUGGUACAAUUCUGGUUACCGUACACUGAAAGAGGUGCUUGAAAAGGCCAAGCUUGUCAAAGCUGUCAAACUUGGUAUACAGCUAUUGCCGCAUUUUGAUCAGCCGAUGUCAAGGAGUGAUGUCGAAGAGCUUAUUGAUAUCAUCAACAAGGAGCUACCCAAUGUGGAUAAGCAUGCAUUCACACAACCUGUGGGAGGAUACCGCCGAGGUAAAGAGCAGAAUGGUGACUUGGAUAUUGUGAUUGCAAGUCGAAAGCUUGAGCAUACGACGGAUCAUCUUUUGAAAAGGAUCGUUGAGCAUAUGAUUGAAGCAGGGUAUGUCAAGCAUGUGCUGUUGAUGUCUGGCAAGAACUCCAACCACUUUGGUAAUCAUUACACCAGCGGCGCUGCUGAUAUGGAAAAGCUGGAUACGUGCUUUGUUGCAUUCAUGCAGCCAUCCACACAAAUCAUGCGGCAAGUGGAUUUCAUUGUGGCAGCUUUGGAUGAUCAACCGACAGCUGUACUUGGAUGGACAGGCUCACGCCAAUUUGAACGUUCAAUAAGAGAUUACGCCAAAAAGGAGAAAAAUCUCUCUGUUCAAAGCCAUGGCAUGUUCGACCGCACCUCUAGCAAAAAGCUGGCAAGUGAAUCAGAAAAGCAGAUUUUUGAAAUGAUUGGAAUCCCAUGGCUCGAGCCUGAGAUGCGUAAUUGUUAA